AUGCGCACUCUCAUAUCCGCUAUUCCCGUCUUACUUGCGGUUGUGUUCGUGAGACUUGUUUCUGGGCAAGAUACAAACCUUACUCAGGUCAAGCAGGCUUUCGAGGAGGCUGGGAUAUUGAAAGAUGUCCCGAUACCGUUCAACCCCUCUGUACUGUUCCAUGUCACCUACUUUUCCCCGAAGGCCAGCCCGAGGACCUUGUACGCUGGUAUGCGGAUGAACCCGAAAGAUGUCUAUUCAGUUCCCGUAUUUAGUGUUAUCGGAGACCCUGGUCCAGGUCCACUCGUCAUUGUCCUCGUUGACCCCGACGCCUUGUCGCACCAGAACCCGAUCAUAGCCCAAGUACGCCACUUCCUAGGCGGUGGCUACUCGUUCAAUCCCGAGUCCGGACUACUUUCGAUCGACGGGCCUGUUGCACCCCCAACACCUUAUAACCAUCCAGCGCCGCUUAUCGGUUCGGGUGACCAUCGACACUCCCUUCAGUUCUCGACACAGACUCUCAUCACCAGCUCGACCGACAGAGGGCGUUUCAAUCUGACAGAUUUCGCCCUGAAGACUAACCUAGGUGCGCCGAUCGGCGGAACCUUCAUGGUGAUGGGGCCGGUUGCGUAG